AUGGAGAGAUCUGUUGGUGGAGAUCUUGUUGAAAGAUCUGCGGGCGAACGUACUGUUGUAGAAGGUUCUAAUGAUGAAGGUCGUGUUGAAGGAUCUGCUGGUGGAGAUCUUGUUGUAGAAGGUUCUAAUGAUGAAGGUCGUGUUAUUGAAGGAUCUGAUGAUGGCGGUCCUGUUGUAGAAGGUUCUGACGGUGGAGGCCCUGUUGUUGAAGGAUCUGAUGAUGGAGGUCCUGUUGUUGAAGGAUCUAAUAGUGGAGGUCCUGUUGUAGAAGGUUCUAAUGAUGAAUGUCGUGUUGUUGAAGGAUCUGAUGAUGGCGGUCCUGUUGUUGAAGGAUCUGAUGGUGGAGGUCCUGUUGUUAAAGGAUCUGAUGGUGGUGGAGGUGACGGUGGAGGCCCUGUUGUUGAAGGAUCUGAUGAUGGAGGUCCUGUUGUUGAAGGAUCUAAUAGUGGAGGUCCUGUUGUAGAAGGUUCUAAUGAUGAAUGUCGUGUUGUUGAAGGAUCUGAUGAUGGAGGUCCUGUUGUUGAAGGAUCUGAUGGUGGAGGUCCUGUUGUUAAAGGAUCUGAUGGUGGAGGUUCUGUUGUUGAAGGAUCUGAUGGUGGAGGUCCUGUUGUUAAAGGAUCUGAUGGUGGAGGUUCUGUUGCUGAAGGAUCUGAUGGUGGAGGAUCGGAUAUCAUUAACUGCUACUUAAAUACUAACAUGAUAUCAUUAAAUGUUACUUAA